AUGGAUGACGAUGGAGAUGAUAAAGACGACACUAAAAGGAGGACCCGAAACCUGAGUGAGAAAAAACGUAGGGACCAGUUUAAUAUGCUUGUAAAUGAAUUGGGCGCAAUGGUGUCUUCAACUAACAGAAAAAUGGACAAGUCAACUGUCCUCAAAUCCACAAUAUCGUUUCUGAAAAAUCAUAAUGAAAUAACAGUGAGGUCUCGAGCUCAUGAUGUCCAAGAAGACUGGAAGCCGGCAUUUCUUUCAAACGAAGAAUUCACGUAUCUUGUAUUGGAGGCGUUAGAAGGUUUUGUUAUGGUAUUUUCAGCGACUGGGCGCAUCUACUACGUUUCAGAAGGAAUAACAUCACUGCUGGGACAUACACCGAACGAUAUAGUAAACACGCCAAUAUUUGAGUUGGCAUUUGAAGAUGACCGAGCGAAUUUGUAUAAUCUUUUACAAAACCCGGCAACACCAGUCGAUCCUAAUCAGGCGUUGACAGCAGAGAAUGAAAUUAAGUUUCAAUGUCAUUUGCAACGUGGAACCCUGGACUUCCGGGAUGAAAUCACUUACGAGCUUGUAGAGUUCAGCGGCCAUUUUCGUGCUAACAUGAAGCAAAGUGAGGGUGAUGACUUGUACCAAAUGGAUCCCGACUCUAGGCUGUUAUUUGUAUGUACGGGUCGGUUGUACACACCCCAGCUGAUACGGGACGUCACCCUGGUGGAUUCAAGUCGUAGCGAGUUCACUUCAAGGCACAGUCUGGAGUGGAAGUUUCUGUUCUUGGACCAUCGUGCGCCGCCAAUUAUAGGGUAUUUACCCUUCGAGGUGCUGGGCACUUCGGGCUAUGAUUAUUAUCACUUUGAUGACUUGGAGAAGGUCAUCACUUGUCAUGAGGCGUUGAUGCAAAAAGGAGAACUAACAUCGUGCUAUUACCGUUUCCUGACGAAGGGUCAACAGUGGAUCUGGCUUCAAACGAGAUUUUAUAUCACUUAUCACCAAUGGAAUUCGAAACCUGAGUUCGUUAUGUGUACGCAUAGAGUUGUAAGCUACGCGGAUAUACAAAAGAGUACGAAGCAAGAAACCACUGAUACCGAAGUUCCCGAGGUGCCGGAAACGGCUCCAUCUGACAUAAAGGAAGCGUCUGAAGACGCGAUGACAGCCCCCAUGUCGCCGUCCUACAUGUCAGAGACGAGCGAUGUGUAUGGCAACUCUUAUUAUUCACAUUCAAGACCAGCAUCAGUCAAAUCAGCAUCAGCUGGAAGUACGAGUGGGACAUGUGCCUUAGCUGGUACCGCUAACACGGCCAGCACUUCAUGGUCGCGCGCUUCAAAUACUCGAUAUUCGGGCGGCUAUGAGAACAGCAUGGCCUCCGCUGACUCCAGGUCUUCGCAGCGUUCGAGCUCAAGAGACAGCAAAGAAGUACCGACGCGCAUGGAAGAACCGCGGCCGAUGCAAGAAGCUGAUUACAAUCCGAAUAGAGUGAUGAUGUUCCAACCUCAACACAAGGCCAUCGAACCAACGAUUGUGCCUCAACAUGGUAUAGGAGCUCAGUAUCUGGAGCCUGCGCCAUAUGUGGGCACAGUCAGUGUACCUGGUGUGCUACCAAUACUUCCACCACUACCAGUCAUCGUGUCUUCCGAUCAGGCUCAAAUACAGUGGCCGUGGCAGGAGCAGUUGCAGCGCAAACACGAAGAAUUGCAGCAGAUGAUCGUGCGACAGCAAGAGGAGCUGCGCCAAGUUAAGGAACAGUUGCUGCUAGCCAGACUUGGAAUGCUGCAGCCUUUGAUCAAUGUCCAAAACCCAUACUCCCCGGACGAAGCCCAGCAGAAUCAGCGUCUGCCAGCACAAAUAAUGUACGAGGGGUCGACCAACCGCACCAUCACUUACCCCCCGCCCCCACCACCACAUCAGAACCAACAGCAUCACCAUAAUGAAUGA